AUGGCGGACGCAUUCGCCCUGAAGAGCGGAGGCAAGUUCACCUCAGAGAUCCAUCACUCCAGGUCCUCUUCCGAGCAAAAUGGCGAGAAGUCGGUCAACAGAGAUGAGCAGGAAAUGGCCAGGUUGGGAAAGCGUCAGGAGCUGAGGCGCAACUUUGGAUUCAUGAGCAUGCUCGGUUUCUCCUGCACCCUCAUGAUCACCUGGGAAGGUCUGUUAACGGUCUUCGUGUAUGGAUUGACCGACGGAGGGCCGGCCGGCCUGGUGUAUGGGUAUCUCUUCUGCUGGGUGGGAUACUUCACCGUUGUUGCUUCGCUUGCUGAAAUGGUCUCAAUGGCACCAACCGCCGGAGGGCAAUACCACUGGACAUUCCUUUUUGCCCCUAAGUCUUGUCGCAACUUCCUUUCCUUCAUCACAGGCUGGCAAUCCGUUCUCUCGUGGCAAGCCUGUCUCGCGUCGGCGGCAUAUCUGGGCGGCACCAUCAUUCAAGGGCUUCUCGUUCUGAAUUAUCCCAGCUAUGAUUUUCAAAGGUGGCAAGGGACCCUUCUCCUGUAUGCCGUCAUCUUCUUAGCCAUGCUCUUCAAUACCUACCUCGCCAAGCAACUCCCCAAGGUUGAGGGUGCGGUCCUGAUCGUCCACAUUGUUGGGUUUUUCGGGGUCUUGAUCACCCUGGUAUACUUGGCACCCCAUGGCACCGCUCACGAUGUCUUUGUGCAAUACUUGGCCAAUGGAGGCUACGACAAGGGCACCUCGUUCUUUGUGGGACUCAUCACCACCGUUUUUGCUUUUAUUGGGGCGGACGGCGCCAUUCACAUGAGCGAGGAAAUCAAAAACGCAUCGACGGUGGUGCCUCACUCUUUGGUGGCUUCUAUUGGUCUCAAUGGGCUGAUGGGUUUCGCCAUGCUGAUCGCGAUCUUAUUCUGCAUUGGCGACAUCGACAACGCGCUUUCAACUCCGACAGGUUUCCCCUUCAUCGAAAUUUUCAAACAGGCGGUAAAGUCGAAUGGCGGAGCGACCGCCUUGACCUCGAUCGUCCUCUCGUUGAUGAUCUUUGCUACCAUUGCGGUUUUAGCUGCGGCGUCCCGAAUGACGUGGGCUUUUGCUCGUGACAACGGUCUUCCUGGAUCUCGGUUCAUCUCUCGGGUUGAGCCCCGAACUAAGCUCCCAUUGUACUCAGUCGCGCUCUCGGUUCUGAUCACCCUGUUGUUGGGAUUAAUCAACAUUGGAUCAUCGGCUGCUUUCAAUGCCGUUGCCUCGUUAGUCGUGUCUGGCUAUCUCGGCAGUUACACCAUACCCAUCAUCCUGAUCCUGCACAAGAAGAUAUAUAAUCCUUCGUCCAUACACUAUGGCCCUUGGACGCUGGGGCGCCGUUUCGGCAUCUUCUGCAACUUUUUUGGCCUGAUAUGGAUUGCCAUCGUCAUGACCUUCAGCUUCUUCCCUUCUGUACGGACUGAUUUGACACUCCAAUCCAUGAAUUGGUCCUGCUUGUUAUGGGGUGGAACCAUGAUCAUUGGUGUGACUAGCUAUUUCGGGUACCUCCGGGGCAGAUACAACGGUCCUAUUGUCGAGACGGACAUCAUGGAACAGGUAGGCCACGGGAUUUGA